AUGAGGCUGAAUGAGAGCCAGACAAGAUCCUUCCAGGCUCCUGUCACCAUCCAUAACUACCCGGGCAGGCAGGUGUAUGUGUUUCCCAGUGGCCAGUCUGAGUCCGAAGAGUCAGAGGAGGAGGAACUCAAUGUUAUGGAAUUGCGACCGAGGGGCAAGGAGCAGCAGCGAUGCAGCGCUUCUCGGGACAGAGUUGGAGAUGUGGUACUGCUGGAACGAGAGAUUACAGAGGAUGAUAAUCUUAACAAGCUAGCCCUGCAGUAUGGUUGUAAAGUUGCGGAUAUCAAGCGCGUCAACAACUUCAUCCGGGAGCAGGACUUGUAUGCGCUGAAGUCCAUCAAGAUCCCCGUGAAGACUCAUGGGCUGUUAACGGAGAACGGCCGAGAACUAAGGCCGCUCCUGACGGCACCCUCCCAGACCGGCCUGACGCUCGUGGACUUACCGGAGCCUGAUGAGGCUGCGGGCAGCUCUGCUGACAGCAGACAUUUGAGCGACUACUUCAAGGGGAUUGACAAGAGCAUUCAGGAUGCGGUGCAGGCAGAGGUCCAGCUAAACGCAGAGUAUUGUGUGGACACGCUGGAGAGGCCGCUGCCCGAGUCAGGGAAGCAGGAGACCAGCAAUGGUGCGGACUGUGGAAUCCAGUGGUGGAAUGCAGUUUUUAUUAUGCUCCUGAUAGGAAUUGUCCUGCCAGUAUUUUAUAUAAUCUAUUUUAAAACACAAGGCCUGGUGGCCCAUACCUCCAACACAACACUAACCUCAAAUAUUUCAACAGAUGGAUUGGAAGGGAAAUUACCACAAAGCUCAGUUAUAGGAAAAAAAUCUGAAGAGAGGCAGCCAAAUACAGCCUCUCCUCCCAGUGCUGCAGCCUGUACACCAGUGACUCUGACUCGAAUGCCUUCAGGGGGAUAA